CAGAGUGUAGGGGGGUUGUGAAGACGAGAGGAAAAGGGGUCAGGGGGAGCCGGAGAGAGAGAGAGAGAGAGAGAACACCUACACUGCAGGAAACCAGUCUAACACACUCUGACAGAAUUCCUGGCGAUUUUGAGAAGAUAGAAGCUUUUAGCUGGGACAGGCCCUUCACUGGGCACUCUGGGACUGAGCUUUGGACUUCUCUGAUCUCCCUGACUGCACAAAAGAGAGGGAGAAAAGCCUGAUGGAGCAGUGACGUCAAACUGGUGCUGCGCUUCAGAAUUCCUCUCCCACACCAGCUCGCUGGAGUCGCGGGCAAGAUGUGAGCCGACCAGUCCUUUUGUUGGACACUGGACUUCCUGGUUUUGGGCUUUCUUCCCUUAUCUUUUCCUUUUUUCCCUGGGCCCAUAUUUCCCCGGUUUUCCGUGCUGAGUGGGGCCGAUGCUUGGCGUCAGGCCCUGUUUACUCUGAUCUUAAUAAAUCUCGAACUCCUCAUGAAGAACAAAUCCGCCAAGCAGAAGUCCAAGAGGAAAGGAAGCGAAAAUGCGUUCGGCUGUGACUUGACGGAGCACCUCCACAGCUCGGGACAAGAAGUGCCUCAGGUUCUGAAGACAUGUGCAGAAUUCAUUGAGAAGUACGGCAUUGUGGACGGAAUUUACAGACUCUCAGGAAUCACCUCAAACAUUCAGCGUCUCAGACAGGAGUUUAUCUCUGAGCUCUGUCCUGACCUCACUAAGGAAGUGUACCUUCAGGAUAUCCACUGCGUUGGGUCUUUGUGUAAGCUGUACUUCAGGGAACUGCCCAACCCUCUGCUGACCUACGAACUCUACCAGAAAUUCACUGAUGCCAUGAACGUCAAAGAGGAAGAUGACCAGCUCCGAAAUAUUCAGAUAGUCAUUAAAGAGCUUCCGGCGUCUCAUUUCAGGACGUUGGAGUUCUUGGUGAAACAUCUGUCUCACAUGGCCACGCUCAGCCAUCACACCAACAUGCACACCCGCAACCUGGCCCUGGUGUGGGCCCCUAACCUGCUUCGGUCUAAGGAGAUUGAAGUGUCCUCCUGUAAUGGAGACGAGGCCUUCCUGGAGGUGCGAGUGCAGCAGUCAGUGGUGGAGUUCAUCCUCAACCACACGGAGCAGAUAUUUAACCAGGGAGCAGACAUAGCCAAGCCCAAAGAAGGGCCUGGAGUAAUGUGUAGGGAGAAGUAUGCCACGCUGCCUGCUGCUGCUCAGGCUGGGCCCAUGAAGCUGAUGAGUCUGGAGGAGGCGCAGGCCCGCUCCCUCAGCCCCAGCCACCCAGCGCGCAGGGAGCGGCAGCGGGAGAACAGCCUGCCUGACACCAGCGUGGCUGCCAUGUACCACACAGUCAUAGACCUGACCGAGAGCAAGAGGAAAUUCUCUGGAAAGUCAAAGAAGUGGAAGGCAAUCUUCAGCCUGGGUCGGUCUGUCACUGACACCAAGGGGAAACUGAGUCGCAAUGGGAGUGUGUUCAUGAGAGCGCAGAGUGCCUCAGAAAAGACUGGGAUACGACCAUCGAAGAGCAUGGACUCCCUCUGCUCUCUGCCAACAGACGAUGGCAAAUCUCCAUCAGGCAGAGGGACUAAUGGAUUCUUCGCCCCCUUGGUGAAAUCCCGAACCCUGGAUUCGAACAUCAGCUAUGAUCCAAAUGAACAGGAUCCACAGUGGGAAUUUGACCUGCAGAAAUCAAGCAGGGUUAUUGGGGGCAGCCCGAGCACGAAGAGACGAGGUGCUCCAAAUACCUCAUCUUCAUCCCCCUCUUCUUCCUCCUCUUCUUCUCCACUGCAGAGAGCUCUUCCCGAACAGCUGAAGGUGUUCAAAGGGGACGAACUGGGUGCCUGCCGGCCCACUUCUCCAAAAAAUCGCCGCAUGCUAUAUUCUGGUUCUUCCAACAAUGGCUCCUCCAGGCCAUCUUUCCCAGGCAGCCUGUUCCCACUGGAGUCCUCGCCUCGACAUCAACGCAAGGCCCUCAACAUCUCUGAGCCGUUUGCCGUAUCCGUGCCUCUCCGCGUGUCCGCCGUCAUCAGUGCGAACAGCACCCCUUGUCGGGUGGCGGGGAAGGAAUGGGACUGGUCAGGGGGGGCACUGGCAAAACCUUCUGAGCCCCAUGGCAUGGAAAGCCUGGGUAACACUGGUUUCAGGGAGUUGGCCCCCAGCGGUAGCAGGGGUUUCAGUUCCCAAAACAGAGAGAAGGCGGCGGGCAGAGGCAACGGGUGCAUAGAGAAACCGCCUGGUGACAGCAGCAGAGGCAGCGGAUGCCGUAUCUAUAGCAACAGCAGCUCUGUCCCCAUGGAGAAGGAGGAGAGUCAAACAGUGGAGAGGGGUACCAGGGAUGGACCCCCUAACACAGGGGCAGAAAGCAACGAUGCAGAAGUGAAAGAGCUGCUCGCCAGUGUGGAAAUGUCUGACAACCUGAUGACAUCUCAGCCCCAAGGAGCGCAACAAGAAUUGUCUCUGUCCUCCAGGGAAACACUGGACACCUCACUAAUGCAACUCAAUGAGCCCAAAAAUCUGGACCAACUGGAUAUUGAGACAAUCAGUGAGGAGCCAUGGUCCAAUAUGCAUCAUGAGCUUAGGAUCACUGAGUCUGAAACGAACAUCCUGGAAGACCAGAUGAAAUCCAGUGCCUCCAUGACCAAAAUCACUGGAAAUGAUGGUGCUCUCAAUCUUAAUGCUCAAGCUAAAAGAAGAAGCAGUUGUCCUACUCACCCAGUAUCUUCGAAGGGACACAGCAAAGAGGUCAAUACAGGUCUGAUGGUAGAUCAUGCUGGUGCUACUGUUUUUAACCCAACACUGAGGCCUUCGCCAGAAAGACCUUUGGAGCAAGAGCUUCAGAGCUGGAAUUACAUGGACAGUGUCAAUGUCAAAAAGGAUCACAGGAGCCUGGAUUCUUUUGAGUCUCUGGACAUUAUGGCCAACAAGCUGCAAUUCUUGCCAUUCUUCCAUCUGAAGGAGACCGACAUUCUCCAAGAUGCUGAAUCAUGGUCAUCAGUUCCUUCCUCUGAAGACCCUUGUGUCAAGAAAGCCAUCAUUACUGAAGAGUCUUCUGGCUGCAGUGGCAGUAUUAACCCAUGUGGUCAGAGUCCUACUUUGUCCACAGAAAAAAGUGUUUUGUCAUCGAAGCAGAAAAGCAAUGACAAUGAGAAAGAGAAAACCAACAGCAGCAGUCUUGAUCUAACAGCCAAAGUAAAAGGAAGCAUGGAAAGGCUCUCAAAAUGCUUGGAUGGAAGACGUCUCGCCACAGAAAUUUCACAUCAAGAUGAUGAGGACAUAUGGGGGAAUCGUUUGGUAGGACUAGAUCAGGUGGAACCCUGGGAAGACUUGAGCACCACAAAACUGUGGGUCACAAGCCCACUCCACACACCAAAACUGGAAGAUCUUUUUCCUCUGCUGAAAACAUCAGUGCUGGCUGAAAGUGAAGUGUCUACUGAGCCCAAUAUCAGCCACUUGCAAAAAGACAAGAGUGUUGUAGAGGACGUACACGUGAAUGCUAUGUGUUCAUCUGGAGAACAUACUGCUAUGACCAGAGAAGCUGAUACUGUACUCAACUGUCCCUCUGCCAAAGCAAAAACACCAGAAGGGGACAAAGCUGGUCUUGGAGAUAUAUCAGAUCUCUUUCUUGGUGCUAACUUAGAAGAGACUGGGAAGACAGCAGAGACUAAAUGUGACUCUCCACAGCUUGCACAGUUCAAGACAGUAAUCUACCAGGGAGAGGCAAUCAGAACACCAAAGAGAAGCACUGGCACUCAAAAACAGAAGAGUUCUGUGUCUUCCCAAAGGCUUCACCGACAGGUAUCACAUGAACCAUGCAUUACAGGGAGGAAUGAGGAAAACAUUGCUCCAAAACACAGACCUUAUUCUCUAAAUUUGGAUCUGGGACACCGGUGUAUUAGGGACAUCUCAAAUAGGCAGAAUCUUGACCUGGCAGACCCUUCCUCUUCACCAAGGGGUACAGUACCACAUUCUGGGACAAAGCAUGAUGGGUUAUCUCUGGAACUAGAGAUGUUCUUACGAGACCGACAGGCACCCAUGCGACGCAAUUCUGCACCAGUGAGCGUGUCUUCAGUGCGCACUGCAUUCAUGAUCAAAACGAGCCAGGCCAAAGCUGUGCCUGUUAUACCUCCAAAGAUUCAGUACAGCCACAUACCACAUCCAGUGGCAGAAAAGGGCAGCCAUGAUCAAGAUAAAAGAUGUGGGCCUGACCAGAACAAGGUAGAGAAAGCAGAUUCUCUACCUCCUCUCCAGGGGGUAAAAGAUCCCAAAGAAGAAAGGGAAAACUGCGAACCAGUUCCAAGGGUCCAAAAGCAGGCAUCCAUAGAAAAGCCCACAGAGACUCUCAAGCCAACAUCUGCCCCAGAACCUCCAGUACUGAGGAGGAAGCGAUCUGCCAACGGAGACUCUUUCAUGGACUGUCCCAGACCCGAACGAUCCACCUUACUUCAGAGAUCUUCCUUCAGGAAUCGUCCAAGACCUCAAAGCCUCAUACUCUUCAGCCCUCCUUUCCCAAUUAUGGAUUAUCCUCCAGUGGGGGAUGAUGGCAAAGUUGUCCUGUCACCUAUCAAGAGUCCUACCAAAACAUCACCCCUUGAUGUAUUCACUAAAGAGCUAGCAGAAAACCUCAAGACUCCAGAAGGGGUCACUCUGCGAAAUAAAAUGACUUUACCCAAGAGUGGACAAAGACUAGAGACCUCUACAAGCUGCUUUUACCAGCCUCAGAGGAGAUCUAUGAUUUUUGACAGCAGAAGCAACCGUCAGAUUGAAUGAGCUGCUCUAAGACUCAUGAAUGAUGUUCACAUCAUAACUAGCUGAGGUUUUGGUUUUUUUUCCUUGACGAAUAUUGUACCAUAUUGAAUAACAAGUUCUCUUUAAAUUCUAAGGAAGACAAAUUUAGAACUUUAAGUAUUAGGCUUUGUUUUAAAAUGCUGCUGCUGGCAACCUCACCAUAGAAUACUUCUACCAUUCUUAAAGAUAAAUUAAAUGCAUUUUAGGCAAGCAGCACUGAAAAACUGCUCAGUGCCAAGUAUUGUCCCUUCUGUUUUGCAAAAUGACAAUUCAGCCAUACACAGAAAUGUUACAUGAAACAAGUAAUUCCCCUGUGGUUGUUUGCUUGUUUUUUUUUCUUUGGAGUGAUAUUUAAUAUUAUAUCCUGCAACAUGGGUAUUUCAUUUUCAUUUCAUAUCCAUUUCAGUGAUUGUAGUCUGGGAACCAAAACCAAAUCGGAUAACGUUUGGUAAAAAAAAAAAAAAAAAAUGGCCCAUGCAAGUGAUACUGAAUGAUGUACUCAGUGAAAAAGAAAACAUACCAACCUAUAGUAUGAUGCCCUAUUUGUUUUUAAAAGAGCCAAAUGGGGAGCAAUGAAGAGGAUGAAAUCUAUAGAUGGUGUUCUUAGGUUUUAAUACACUGUUUUUCACUGUUUUUAGUUUUUCAUAAAAUAUGUUUUCCAUUUUCUUUUAUUAUCUAUUUGAGAAGUUGUAGAUAUGAGAUGUGCCAAUACAUAAAAUAUCCAGGGUUGUUAAUAAUGUGGCAAUUAGUACUGAAUGUGCUGAUGUACAAGAGUUACAUACCUUUACUGCAGAGAAAAGUUUGGAAUCUUAAGCAGUGACUCAGGCCAGGCCUGACUUUGAACAGGCAAUGGACUGAAACAUUGCUUGAGUCACAUUUGUUGUUUGUAGGUUAUUUUUUUAUUACUACUGCUUCAUCUAGCCUGAAAUGUUAAAUUUGCCAAAGAUAUUAAAAGCAUGCAGUUAACAUGCAUUUAUGUCAUUCCAUAAUGAUUCCUGAAAUCAACAUAGAAAUGUCUCUUUCAAAAUUCUGUCUAUGAUGAAAAACAUCUCAUUGUACAAAAACUGCCUGGAAGCUCAACAUGCAUUUAUUUAUUUCUGCAUUUUAUGAUGCCAAUUUUAUACCUUGUGGGAAUAGGUUCCACUGUUGUAUAAAACAUGUCAUUACAAGUGAAAAUGUAAAUUUUGAUUCACAGUGUUUGCGUAGUUUCUACAGAUUGCCACUGUCAAAGUUCUGUGGCCUUUGAUAGCACAGAUACUUUGCUGCUGUGCAGUAUAUGAAAAUAAGUUGCUUCUUUUGCUGUGUUAAGGCCUGUUUUGAUUAGCUUGUUGGUAUCUGUAAGUAUUUUAAGAUUUUUUUGAGAGAGAAAAGUGGCAUGAUGGUCCUAAAGAUGAAAGAUGAUGUAAAACACAUGAAGAGCAAGGACUGAGAGUAAUGUUUCACAGAAAGAGAAGCACGGGUGUUCUCCAGUGUACAUUCAAUAUGCUCUCGCAUGGAGACAGAGAAGAGAAAAUGUAUGUUGUCAAUACCUGUAACCAAAGAACACUAACUUCAUAAUCUAUAUUUUGUAUCACUCAAAAUUCAAUGUAUGUAUUCAUUGUAAACAAAACAAUAAAUAUACUUGAUAUGUA